AUGCUGCGAAAUCUCGUCCAAUCCUUUCGUCGCACUUUGAAACAACCAGAAGCGAAUUUCACCAACAUUCGAAUCGCGAUUCGGGGCUUUGGAACACUCUCAAAGGCAUGUAGGCUACUUUUGGAGCCCGAAUUUUUGAACGAAGUCUUGACUUUGGUGCUUCAGAGGAUUCGUUACACCGAUUAUAAAGACGAUGCGACGCGUUCCAAACAACUUCUCGAGCAUUUACCGGAUUACGUGAACUCUCUUUCGGAAAUUAUGACCAACAUGGAUCACUUGACUGCCAUUCAGCUGACAUAUUUGGAGAAUAUUAUCGUCGAAUUGAUGCGAGAUUUUUAUUAUUUGAGUCAAAGUCAUCAUGAAUUGGUUGUCGUUUCAAUUCUUUCAACUCUCGCAAAUGUCCAGAAAAUGGGAGAAAACGUUUACAACGACUUUAUCGACCGAAUUGUCUUCCAAGGUGUCGUUUGGGCAUGCGACAAAUGCUUAAUUUACGACACCGAUUGGUCCGAAGAGCGAGAUUGGAAGGAAAAUGUGACUUAUCGCUCGUAUCUUCCGUUAUGGCAAGGCUUAAUUGACGAAGAACGUCUCCAUCCGAACUUUGAUAGGCCUAAAAUCGCAAGAAAACUCCUUGAUAUCCUGCUAAAUACGCUUUUUCAGAUAAUUGGAAAGCUAAAUUUUACUUUGAAGAAGAGGACUUACCGAGAUGAGGACGGAAUUGAACAAGAAUUUAAUUUUUGUGACCCGAAUAUCGACUUGGAACCCGUAAAACCGCAAGAUUUUCACAUUUUUGUCAAUAUUGUCGAUUUAUAUUCGGAAAUUUUGAAGAAUUUACCGGAAAUUACGAAAAAAAGUUCAAUAGCUCCACGUUGGCUUGGGCAUGCAUGUGACGAACUCAUCAAAAAAAUCUUGGAAUAUCCCUUAAUAAGCGGUUUCGUUAAAUUACUCGAAGUUUUGAUCAAAAUUGGAAAAGAAACAAACUACUUUUCAAACCUGAAUGAGCCAUUUCGUGUCUUAUUAAGUGCCUUUGUGAAAGAAAUCAUUCAGCGCGUUACUCAAUCAACAGCUGAGCUGCAACUUUCGUAUUUGAAACUCAUUUUUGUGUGUCCCGUCGUGUUAUUGAAGGAUUUUGUGAGGAAAAUGACAGAAAUUUAUCUCAUCGCUUUUGAGUUUGGGAAAAAUUUGCCCGUUUUGUGGAUUGCAUCGAUGGCGCUGAGGAGUUUGGAAGAGCUAAUUGAAGUUAUUGAAGAUGAAAAACGUAAAAAAUUGUUGAAAAAAGUGUUGCCGGCGUUGGAAUCGUUCCUCAGUAGUUCAGGAGAUGCGACAGUGAAUAAGAUUAAAACGGAAAUUGUGAGAUCUGGAACGAAAGGAGGGAAAAGAACGAAUAUUAAAAGGAAAUUUGAGAUUUCAGAGGGAAUGGAGACGGAGUUGCUUAAAUUUCAGAAGAGGAUUGUCUUGUUUUUAGGAAAACUCUCCUUAGAAGAAUGUCAAUUCAUGUUGCACCGCGAGCCCGAAUCCUUGGAAUUAGUAAAAUGGGAGCCAAAAAACCACUUAGACCUCAAAAUUCAAGCCAACGUCUUCAAAAUCGAUCAACUAAUCCCUCGAAUUAGUCACUUGGCGCUCUUUUCUUCGGACCGCAAGACAAAAGUUGCUGCUUGUGAGUUUCUUCACACAAUUGUUCUCUACUUGAUCGGCACCAACAACCUCUCAACUGUCAUUUGGGAGAAACUUUCACCGAAAAUCAUCGAAUUAGGCGUCGACUCUGACGCUGCAGUGCAGGAAAUGUUCGAACCUUUGCUUUAUCAAAUCGUUCAUUACUUGUCGAAACCCGAUUUUAUCCAUUUAAAAGGCACGGAAACGUUUUUUGAAGCACUUUUACACUUGAUUUCCCAUUCCAGCAACAAUUCCAUCCAAGAUUUGAGUGCAAAACUACUCCGAGAGUUCGUUUCGUGGAGUUUGAGACACGUGAGACGCGAUCGCGUGGGAGCAACUCCCGCUAAUUUGAAGAAUUUGUUCAAUCGGUUGAUGCUGUAUUGCACGGAUGCGGAUAAUAACAACAGAAAAGCGGCAGUUUUGACUUUUAAUAAUUUAUUUCGCAUCACGAGACAAGAAAAAAGUCUCGUUUCGGAGCUUUGGAUCGAACUUUUUUACUGUUACUGCACGAAUUACGUGAUGACUGAGAACUUUUAUCUCGAAAAUCAUCAAAAACCGGAAUUAGAACAACACAACAUCGCUUUGGACAACUUUAUGAAGGUCUUUGUCGUUCAAGAUUUUACGAAAUUUGAUCCCAAUCGACGUUUCCCGGCAGUUUUUGAUGCUCGUUUAGGCUUAAAAUCGGUUGCUUUGUGGGUCCUGAGCCAAUGUUCAUCGAUAAAUCAAAGAAAUUAUCGCCUAAAAUGCAUCGAAAUGUUCUCCGUGUUCGCCAAAACCCUAAAUCCCGACAAAUCUGUGAUAAAUUUCGUCACCGAGAACAACUUGGAGCUGAUAAAAGUCUUCGAAGAAGCAAACGGAAGCGGUUUGUCACGAUUUCCCGAGUACAAAAACACCGCAACGUUCCUUACGACGCCCCAACAAUGGCUUGCGACACUUUUAACCGCCCUCGACGGGUACUUUUGGGUCAUCCACAAAAAACUAGACGCCUCCAUCGAACAAAAUUUGCUCCAAGAGUCAUCAACGUUCCUUGUUGCCAUUGAAUUUUUCAUGCAAAACAUGAUUUUAGCGGAUUCAGUUGUUCCCUCAUCGAGUCAAUCCGAUAUUUCGACCGAUAGUUUGGAGAUGCAGCUGAAUUUGAAUGAACGGGAGACCAUUAAAAACCUAAAACAAAAAAUUAUUAUUAAAAUUUUCGAGAUUUUAACAAAUUUGUUGCUGCAAGAGACUUUUCCAACGGAUUUUUUGAGGAAAAAUCUCACAAAAAUCAUCGAAAUUGUGAAAUUUUUGAUAUUUGAGCCUGAAAAAUUGGAUUUUCCGACGCAUGAGAGUUCUGAAACGGAAAUUGGGCGAAAAACCAGUGUCAGAUUCGUACUAGAAGUUCAUCGAAAACUCAAUUCCAGUGUAAAAUUUGUAUUUUUAGGUGAAUUUCAUCUGGCCCAAAUUUCAUCUUUUAAGGAACUUAUGAUGUCAUUCGAAGCCGAUAUCCAUAAAAACUCGAUCCCAUACGAGCAUCACUCCAAAGCGAAAGGACUUUUACUGUCACUUUCUGCUCUUCCAUCAUCCGUCGCUGAAUUAGAACUACUUUUAGAUCAACUUUUCACAAAAAUUUUCACUUCCCUGAAGAGAACAUUGCUCGAAAGUACUGAAAUGGAGGUCUCGGAAGCUGUAAAUCCCAAUCCAAGUAUCAAAGAUUACAUUUCACGACUACUAAAAAUUGUGUUGUUAUCAAAAAAUGCUUCAACUCGGCUAAAAUCCUUCAUUUUCGACGAAACUAUAUUAAAAACGGACGAUACGGUAGUGAAACAUGGCGAAUUCUUCAAAAAUAUCUACAAAAACGUCGUUUUAGAGUUCGUUUGUCGCAACGUGGAAGAUUUUGUGCAAGAAAUGUUCUCGUCGGAAGAUGAAAUUUCCGGUUUUUAUCAAAUUUUGCAGUAUUUAUGUGAUUUUUGUGACUUUGCCCAUAAGAAAAUCACCCCGGAGCAUGCGGCAGAGACGAAAAAGUCACUUGUAAAGGCAAUUUUGAAGCAUUUACCAUCAAUUUUGAGUACAAGUCGCAAAGUAGAGGACAGCGAACUCCAAAUUGUGAACUUAAUCUCGCAUUUAAUGAUGAUUUUUAACGAAAACCCGCUUUACAUGAUCGAUUCCGAGGGAUUAAUUCAAUCGUGGUUCAUGGAAAUCAUGUCGCGGGACCAAACUUUGUUAGAUACGAAGACAAAACUGCUCGUUUUACUUCCAUGUUUCACGGGAUCUUUAUCAAAAAUCGAUUUGCAGCAAGAUUUGGAUGCUUGUCUCGUCGAACAUUUAAAAGAUAAGCAUUUUCCGCAUCAAUCCCACGAGUUCGAGCAUGGCAGCAUCCAACAUGACAGCUAUAUCGCGUGUUUUCAAGCGAUUUUAGAGGCUCUGGUAGUAACAAAGUCCCCUGUGAUACUGAUGUUCGUCGUAAAAAUCUCCGCUUCAGACCCAAAACACGUCAUCGAGCACGAACUGAGGCAAGCCAUCACUAAAUAUGCUUCCGGGCAGGUACAAGAGACACUUUUGGCGGAUAUUUUUUAUUUAUUUGACGUUUUUCGGAGCUAUUCGUACACGCAUGACAUUCGAACGACCAUUUUAAAAAGAUUUUUGUUGGGAAUUCUGAAGGCAAGUCCCGAAAAUGUCGCAAAAUUGUUCUUCAAAACGGCUUUUAGGGACAUUUGGCGACUCGUCAAGGCCCAACAUCGCACCAAACAUGCGUUAAUUGACAAAAUGGCGGGAUUUCAGCUGCUGGAAAUCCUUUUCGGGAUCUGCACAAAGGAUUUUCUCGACACUCCAGGCAACAUUGAAGCUGACGAACCUCCCAUGCGAGCGACAAUCUUCGCGUGUCGCGACGAAUUCCUCACCACAAACCACGAUCCCGAUCUUGCCGAGUAUUUCCGGAAGGCCCAAUGUGCCGUUUUUAAUUGUUUGUGCACGACACUCGCGAAUCACCAAACAAACGGCGACUUGUACUACAAAAUGUUGUUUAAAAACCCCCAAAUUUGGUCAAACAUCAUGAAUGUCAGCGAUUCGCAAGUUUAUCAGAUGACGUCGCAGGAAGUUGAUGACUAUCCGGUCGUUCGACGGCGCAUCGUGGCAAUUCGGAACAUUAAAAAAUUGCAGGGCGUGACGGAAAAUCGACAUUUUCAUGCAACGACGUCCAUUUAUGCGAGUUCCCUGAGUCAAGAUGUGCUCCGAGUGGAUUUUAGUAACACCAUUGUGAGGUCGAAUGUCCCUGAAGAGCCGGAAAAAGAACUUGCGAUGACUCCCUUUGGCGAAAUUGCGCUCGAAAAAAUCCUGAUAAACGAUCACGAGUGCAUGGCGAACAUUUGUGCGGUCAUUCAUCACAUGCGCGACAAGGAAAUAACGAAUUUCGGCUUCAAAGUCGUGUGGAUCGAGAGUUUGUGCGGCAUGAUGGUUGAACAUCCGGUACUAAAUGUGCGAAGAUUCAUCGCAAAAGUCGUGGAUAACUGUCGGGAUGUCUUCAAAAAUGCCGUGGCGACAGUUUAUCCGGCGAUACUGAAGUUUCUGAUCCAAGAUUUUACGAUGAUGAACGCUUUUGUCACGGAUUUGUGCGUUUUGCUGCUCGAAUGGAGUGAAGUCUACACAAUUCAAAGUCAAGAAGAGCAACAAUUGGCAUCGAAGUUGGUUGAAUUGUUAAUUAAAAAGGCAAAUAGCAAGAGAAAAGACAUUUUGAGGGCAAAUUUGGAGAUUUUUAAGAACUUUGUGGAGCUUUGGAAGGGAUUUUUGGUGUUGCCGUAUCAAGAAAUCUUGUUAAAAGUCGCUGAAUCGGAGCUGGCGGGGGAAAUGAUGGAUGUUGAGACAAAAGGAAGCAUUUAUGGCAUUCAUUUAAGUGCAAUUUUACUCUCGGCGGGACUGAUUCCGUGGAAUGAAGAUACGAAAGUGAACUUUUUUGCAGCUGUGAGAUGGUCCAUGUUCAGCAAAUACGCCGUCGAGUAUCAACCAGCAGGGCAAUUGUAUGGAAUGUGUUUAAGGGAGGAGUUUAAAGAUAAAACUGAAAGUGCCUUUUUGGAAAACCCUGACAUCGUCGAGUUCAUCUCCCAACUCAAAAUCGACCUUCGCCAAGACCAGAACAACGCUCUUGACAUCAUCUACGGCAUCCAAAAAUACUGCGUUACCUUCCUCAAGCCCUUCACAAAUCUCAUCACCGACAAAAUCCCGCUCGCCAUGCGAAAAAUCAAACUAAAAUACCUCGAAAUGUUCCUCGCUGCCAUGGAAUUCUACGAAAAUCACCUCUUCAAAGAGAUAAUUUACACCAUCAACAUUCGUCAGUUGCUCAAACAACCAGAUUUUAAGAUCAUGGCUUUACAUAUCAUCAACCGAGCGUUGCCUCUAAUCACGCCAACGGAAGUUUUAUUCCUUUUUACUGACGUCACAGCUUUAAUUAACGACGCCUCGAGCCAAGUUCGCGAAAUUGUGUAUGAAAUUUUAAUUUUUAUCUACAAAAAUUUGGCGGGAAAAGUGGAUUUACGGAAUAUUGAUCGCACCGGAGCUUAUCUCUUGGAAGGGAUUUUGGACUCAAACCCCGAAAUUCAAGCAAGAUUGAUAAAAUUUUGGUCAGAUCCGGAGCAACUUCCUCUGGGCUUGGAUAAACGCAUGGAAAAACUUUUUUGUCAAAUUUACAAACAUGACGCGAAAAAUUUUCUCACGGCAGCUACGUUACUUUUGCUUCAUCCGGCAAUCGUGGAUCCUACUUCGGCCUUACCUUUGUUCCAUUACACGCCGCCGGAGGAUGUCAAACAUGUCGAAAAACGUAUCGACACGAAUUGGCGACGCAAUGCAAGUCUCACGAGACCUCCUUUAUUCGUCGAAACGAAAACGCUGCGACAAACGAUCCAAACUUUGAGCUCCCAAGUCGAUGGAAUUCGCGUCACACAAACUGCUGACAAGGCGGAAACAACAAAUUUCACUCCAACAAUCGACCCAAACGACUUUUUCACGUCAAAAAAUGUCUUUGGCAGCAAUAUCGUGACGCAAGAUUCAUUUUUGGUCCGUACGCAACAACAACCGAGUCUCUCACGUCGCUCAAAUUUCGUCACGGAGACACAAGAAACGCAAAAAAGUGGAUUUAGUCAUCUUCGACAACGAUUUCUCAAGGACGAAAGUAAAAUUCAGAAGGAAAAAGCCUUAAAAGCGAUUAAUUUUCGUUACUCCAACGAGCAAAAACGUCGUUCGGAGCGCCGGGAGAACGAAUUACGUGUCACUUUGUAUCGGCGAUACCGCGACGGAGAUUUCCCCGACUUGACAAUCAAUUCUUUAGCACUUCUCUUGCCUCUGCAAGCCCUUUUGCGACACGACAAGCAAGUAACAAGACAAGUUUUCACCGAAAUCUUUGCCGUAAGUCAAAAAAUCGCACGGAACGAGGUCCUGAACCAACUAAUUGGCAACCAAACAAACUCCAUAAUGGAUUCUUUCGUCUCGGGAGACGCAACUUUCAUCGCCACGUUGUUAGAUAUCGCCAUUACCAACGCAAAAACUUUUAAAAUCUCACCGGGAGCUGUUAAAAACGUCGCCAAAGCGAGUAAUAACUUGACUUUGGGCAUUUUAUACCUCGAGGAACGCUUGAAUGUCAUUGAAAACGGGCAAGAAGACCAUUGGGCGCAAUUAGCGGAGUUGUAUCGUUGCUUAUCGGAACAUGAUGUGCUAAAUGGCAUCUUCGCCAACAAAAUUAACGUCGAUAAUCGCCUUCCGGAAGCGAUUCAAGCGAUGGCAGAGAACAAAUUUGAGCACGCCAACGAUAUUUGGAUCGAAAUUUUGGGAUCUGUGGAACGCGGGAAGCCGGAGGAGGACUUUUGCUUUCAAGCACAUUUCGAUUGUCUCGCGGCGCUUGGCGAUUGGGACGGUUUAGUGAAGAAUGUGCGUCGAAAAUGUGGCGAAUUGAACGAAGUCUGGGACAACGGAUUCAAACAAGAAGUGCUCCUUCCGCAUCUCGUUUCAAGCGAAACUCACUUAAUUUUAGAGGAAUUACACGAUAACGACUCAUUUUUAACACAUCUCGUACAAUGGCGUGCCUCGAAGGACCGUUGGGAGAUCUUAAAACAAAAUUUCAGUGAAGAACUUGCCAUGUUACUGGUUGCCCAAGGCGAUUUCCAUCAAGCAAGGGUCAUUGCCGAACAAAAUAUUCAAAAUUUUCUGCUAGAAUGGGCCAAUUUGGACAUCCUUUGUGACAAAAUUCGACUUUUUAAGCUAGAAAAGGUCCGAAUUUUGUCAGAACUCUUCACAACAAUCGAAAAAUUCUUCCUUCGACCCCCGAAUGAGGCGAUUUUCAACUCUGCAACGAAAUUUUAUGAGCUUUCCUUACCUUCAAAAACAGAUUCAACGAUUUUUUGGGACACCCUGAUCACGUAUCGCUCAUUUUUCGUGCAAAAAUUGAACGAACGAACCAUCGAUGAGGACCUGGAAAUGCAUAAAAAUAACAUUUCACUCACAGUUGAUGCGGAAAAGCUCAAAUUAUUCGACGUGGCAUUGAAACAAGCGAAUUACGGCUUAGCUGAGCACAUUUUGGAUCGGAUUCGGACAAGUAUUGACAUCAAACAAUUGGAAAUUCACGAAAGUUACUUGGAAAUUCGAAAGGCAGCGGAGAAAGAAAAUGUCGGGACACGCUUGAAUGAUCUCCUUUUGGCAUGUGCGAGACUCAAAAAGGCCCAAAAUGACGUUCAAAGCAGUUUGAGUCUUGCGGAAAUCGGAGAAAUGUUACUUGAAGUACCGGAAAAUGAAAGAAAUCAUCGGAUUUUUAACGAAUUUUGUGAGAAAAGGACUCCUUCGAGCGUGGAUUUGCAGGAAAAAGUCAUUUUUUAUUUGAAAACCGCUCUGGAAAGGAACAUUUCGAGUCAAAAUGUGACAGAAAUGGCAGAAAACUUUAUGAAAAUUGCGGAUUUUUCGUAUUUUUGUCUCGAAUCUCCUGAAAAAAGUGACAAAAUUCGCUUGGAACGAGACAUUGUUCAAUACACUUUGAAGGCAAUGCAGCUUGGGAACAAAAAAGCGCGCGAUCUCUUCGCCCGUUUGCUUCAACUCGAAGGUUUAAGUGACAAAAGUGUCUCGAAUACGUUCAUUUCCGAAGCUUCCAAAGUGCCCGAUUGGCUUUUCCUCGAAUGGAUUCCCCAAAUUUUGUGUCAUUUGGAUUUGCAACAAAGAUGCUGCUUGGAUAUAAUUGUCGAAAAAUUGAAUCGCGCCUUUUCAUCGGAGCUAAUUUACCCGUUGCGCUUCAAAAUUUUGAGCAAUUUGGAGGACGGGAAACAAGUUCGACCAUUUUUAACGGAGUUACUGGAUCGAUUGAUGACGCCGCUCGUGAAACGUUUCAUCAAUGGACUCUCUUUGAUCUGCUUGCCACUCGUCAAAGUCAAAAAUUCUGUUCAAAAUUUGCAAAAAUUGAUGCAAAGUCGGCCUGAAACGCAAGUUUUUCACGAUGCGGUUGCUAAAGAAAUGCAAAUUUUGUUCAAAAAUACCGACGAAGGCUCGGAAUAUCGCAAAAUUAUGUCUUACAAAACGCAUUUUGAGCAAUUUUUGCAACAAGAUCCCGUGACUUUGCGCGAUUCGAUCGUCAGUUCGUUACAAAAAAUGUUUGAAACGCUCAAUAAAUCAACAAAAUCGAACGCACAAGAAAUUCUAAGCACGGAAAAUCUCUCUCCGUGGCUCGCGAAUUACCAUUUCAAGAGCGGCACUGAAAGCAUUUCCAUUCCGGGGCAGUUUACGAGACCGAAAUCCAAGCCGCACAGCAACGAACACGUUCAAAUCAUCAAAAUCGACGCCAAUGUGACAAUUUUUCCCUCGAUUCGGAGACCAAUCAGGAUAAAAUUCUACGGAUCUGAUGGCAAGGAGUACACUUUUCUCACGAAAUAUGGCGAAGAUUCGCGACAAGAUCAGAGAAUUCAGCAAUUGUUGAGUAUCAUGUCGGAAAAGAUGGGUAACGAUCGAAAUUGUCGACUGCAGAACCUGAAAAUUGUUACUUAUGGCGUCACGCCAAUUGAUAAGCUUUUUGGGCUGUAUAAUUGGGUCGGAAAUACAAUUCAGUUGAGAGAUGCGCUGUUCAAAAGUUAUGAAAGACAUGAAAAUGGAUCGAUUGAAGACUUGGUAGAGUUAAUUAAGCCGGAGCAGGAAAGGCUUUUGAGCUCUGUGAAGAUUUAUGAUGUGCAGCCGUACGCUUUGACGGCGCUAAAUAACGAGAGAGAAGUUAUCGCCUCCAACUUCCGCAAAAUCAUCGAAAAAGUCCCGCGAAACCUUCUGAAGAACUCUUUACUCGACUACGCCUCAAACUACGAGAAAUAUUACGCCCUGAAAGCGAAUUUUGUUCGUAGUUUAGCUUCCAUGGCUGUCAGUCACUGGAUUCUCGGCAUCGGCGAUCGUCAUUUAAGCAACAUUCUCAUCGACACAAAGUCCUUCACGCUCAUCGGCAUCGAUUUCGGUCAUGCAUUCGGCACAGCGACGCGAGAUUUGCCAAUUCCCGAGCUAAUUCCCUUCCGUUUGACGCCCCAAAUGCAAGUCGCCUUGGAACCCAUCGGAGUUUUUGGUCAACUCGAACGUUGCAUGAUUCAUGCAAUGCGUUGCCUGCGUGCCGAACAGAAAAUUUUGAAAUCUUGCAUGGAUCUCUUCGUUAAAGAGGCAAUUUCGGAGUGGUUGACCGACACGUCGCCCGAAGCUCGAGUAAAUAUCGCUUGUCGCAAGCUGUUGGGCGUAAAUCCGGCAAAAGUGACGAAAGAAGAGCUGAAUUUGAAUAAAUUAAAGGCACGCGGAUACAUGGAAGGAUACAAAAAACUGCUAAAAACCUCAAAUUAUUAUGGGAGAGAGGAAAAAUUGUCUGUUGAGGCUCAAGUGAGGAAAUUAAUUGAACAAGCAACUGACGAGGCAUUGCUCGGAGUCACUUAUAUCGGAUGGACUCCGCAUUUUUAAACGAAUUUCGAACGUUUUUUCAAUAAAAAUUUCAUUUCUGAACAAGACCUUUAAUGAAAAUCGCUUAAAAGUUAAUUCAGAAUUCAAUUUCAAAACAAAAACAAACCGGAAUUC